AUGGCAAGAGUGAGAGAGUCAAGGCAAGAGAGACAGAGAGAGAAAAUCAAGGCAAGAGAGAGAGCCAAGGUGAGAGAGACAGACAGACAGACAGAGAGACAGAAAGAGAGUCAAGGCCAUAGAGAGAGUGUUAGAGGGAGAGUCAAGGAGAGAGAGAGAGAAGAAAGAGACAGAGAGAGAAAGGGAGAAAAGAGUCAAGGGGAGAAAGAGAGUCAAGGGGAGAGAGAAAGAGAGUCAUGGCAUGAGAGAGACGGAGAGAGAGUCAAGGCAAGAGAAAGUCAAGAUGAGAGAGAGUCAAGAAAAAUGCAAUCUGGGAAUGGACCUCACAACAUGAAGAAACCUGGAACUUUUAAAGGAAAACAUGAGUGUAUAUCAAUCACUGGGACCCAUCCAUACUACGUGGCCCCUCUCACUACAUAUCCAGAUGGUUUAUCUAAGGAGAGCAAAGUUACUGAAGCUGUAGAGUGUAUAGGAAUGCCCAUUGAAUACAUGGAGCCUCCGUGCUCUCCUAUCAAAGAUGCCCCUGAAUUUGAUCCCUGUCAGCCAGAUGGCAUCUGGUUUACUGAUGGAAGUGUUCGCAAAAUACAGGAAAUUGCUGACCUCCUGGAUGACUGA